AUGGACACUGAUUACGAAUACCCUAUCUACGGUUGGACAGCGACAAACCACUACAAUGAAACUCUGGAUCUUUUCUAUCAUCGAUGGCAGACAGGACGAGAAGCCCAAGAGAUCUUUCUGGAGCAGAACCCUCUUUAUCUGGAAGCAGAAAGUGGCCAGCCACAACAAGUCCAAGCAGUGACCGGUCUUAUCACGGAAGACGACGCCCAGGUAGCAGCGAGUUGGAAUAGUUUGUGGGAUGAAGAGGAAGACAGCGACAAUACCGAGCAGGAAGAGGAUAAUAACAGUUUUUGCUACUGUCUUAGUCCAGAGAGGGUGUGUUCCAUGGAAUCUGUUACAUCAACUGGGGGGACGGUCGUGAGCUUCAGUUUCAUUGGUGAUGAAGGUGGAAGGGAAUUCCCAUCAACAGGUGGACAAAACAAUGAGGAUUCCCCGCGUUUUGAUCGUCCCACUGAUAGAUCCGAGGUAUCAGCACAAGAUCUCACGAUGCCAUCUCCUCACACGAGUCCGGACCCAUCUAGGUCCUCACGCGUCACCAACACUAAGCACCUUGACAAAGGCAAAGGCCAUGACCUGUCUGGCCUAGACCUCGACCGCCGUUUAUCAUCAGAUGUCCACGCUCAGGAUGAUCCGCAAAACGACAAGCCCACACAUGGUAUGCGCUGGGAACCGGUUACGGUCAUGCUAGGCAACUGGGAGAAGGAGUACAGUGUCCUCAAGCCCUAUGCCGACUACACAGAUGUGCCUUCACCCAUAAUCCUACCAGGAUCUCCACCACAACGCCCUCCCAAGCCAUCUCUAUCUGCAUUCUACAAAGUUCCCACAGUGCGUGAUGCUUACGGGGACUAUCUUCACUUCAGGCGGCGCAACAGGAAUGUGAAGGAGGUUUCACCUCCUGCACCACCACUCCCGUUCCCUGAGCACAUCGCGGGCCAGAAUCAGAAUCUUCGUCGCCGUCAGCGCAGCAACUCUGACAUCUCGUUUCUUGACCUUGGAGAUCCAUAUCAGCCCUUGGACGCAAACCAUCUUGCCGGUGACGCCAGCACGACUAUUUCUCUGUCCAUGUCCACGAGUGUGGGACCAUCUGCCUCUGGCCAUCUUACUACUACAUCGAUCUACCAGCCUUUGGUUUCACCUCCACCUGUUACGCUCAAUCCAGUACAGGGACUUCGUAGACGCCGUGGACUAGAUGGUACAUCUCUUUCGGUGCAGAUUCCUGCAGGCAGCGAUCCUAGACGGUCUGCGUCGGGCUCCCCCCAGUCGAAGGUGGCAUCAACUACAUCGUCGCUCGGUGCUACAUUUCAGCUCGAUGAGGAAUUGAACGCAAGUAUGCCCUUUCCUUUGUCGUAUCUUUUCUAA